AUGGACAAAAUAUCGCCGGAAAUUUUAGCCGCCAGGGCAAAGCUGAAGGAGAAGAUGGGAGGAAACCUGAGACAAAUCGGUGGCAAAGGAAGUGCAAGGAGAAAAAUAAAAAAGGUCCAUAAAAAUUCCAUGUCCAAUGAGAAGAAAAUAAAUUUAAUUUUAAAAAAAAUCGGUGCCUCCUACUUCGGGGAUGUUGACGAGAUUUGUAUUUACAAAGCAGGAGAUACAUACAUGGAGUUUAAGAAGCCAAAGCUCUCUGCGUCCUUGCAGUCCAACACCUAUGUCGUCACGGGAAAAUUCACAGAACAAAAAAUUGAUAUAAACAAAAUAUUCGAGGGACUCAAAGGAAACAAAAAUGUAGAUAUGAAUCUUCUGGAAAAAAUUAAAAAUGACCCCAACAUAAAAAACCUACUCAACAAGGAAAACAACGGAAAUGCGAAAAAGGAGGAUGCUGUGGAGGAAUCCGCUGAUGUCCCAGACCUCGUAGAAAAUUUUGAGGAAGUAUCCAAAGAGGAGGAGAAGUAA